GCGCCCCCCCCCACGUGCGGCCUAAUCUCUACUCGAGGUACCAGCGCUCUGCGUGCUACGCAUGAGCGCGGGAGCAAGGCUCCAACGCGUAAUCGCGCGCUUCCUCAUGUGGGAACCAUCUGAACCAAAACUGGUCGCGGAACGCUGUGUAUAAUAUUCAGGAGGUAUCGCUUCAAGGCGCCGGGGUUCCAGCGCCAUCCCCUGGAUGGUCAAAGGACGCCUCCGUUCCGAAGAAUCCAAUCGAGAUGAAGAACGCCAUCGCAGGCAUGCGUAGCUCCACCACGCCGAAUUCACAAUCUUAACGAUGCGUGCUCGAAGGUGCCUCUUCGGCCGAGCAUCAUGGAGAGCGAGGUCGUAAGGCUUCCAGACAAACGCUGCCAAGCGUACAGGGAAGCUCUCAAUAGCGUGCACCGGUUCCGAAAGUCGAGAACGAGAGCCCUGCCGGACGGACACCAGCGGGAAGCGCGACGAAUGAAUGAAGCCGUAGGCCAGGAGAGCCCGGUUGGUCAGGUCGGAAGCUGAGUUCGCGGGGCGUGGAUACGGGUACGCUCAGCGCUCGUGACGAGCGGCGCAUGCAGGGAGGGGCCGCCUUCGGAAGGGGCCGCUGCCUCGGAAAAACUGCGCGCUGCCUCGGAUGCAUAAAACAUCGAGAGAGAGAGAGAGAGAGAGAGAGAGAGAGAGCGAGAGCGAGAGCUCGGCCGCGCGCGGCCAGGGCUCGCGCGCGGCCAGGCCCGAAGGUGCUCUCCCUGCGCGUGGCCCGAGCAUGGUGGUGCCCUCACUGCGCACGCCGGGCAGCCUCGCUGCGGGGGCCUGCCAGAGAUGGGCCCCAUGCUGGGACAGCGCGGGGGCCCCAGCCUGUGCCGAGCCGCCGCGGCCGAUCCUGAACCCGAGCUCGGGCGGGGUGGCCCAAACCCCAGGGGGAGAAGGAGGAGGAGGAGGAGGGGAGAAGGCCAAGGAGGGGUGGGGGUGGCGGGCGGCCUACCAGGCCUCCUACGAGGCUUCCUGCAGAGCCGCGCACCGCUUCAGCAUCUCGACGGCGCACUCGUCCCUCAGGGCCAGGCUUAGCUCGAGAUCGGGGUAGUUCCCUGGCACGCCCUUACAUCGCAGAGUAGCCCGCAUCCACUCCAGCAUCGGCGGGUCGCAACUCCAGUAGGCGUCCAUGUACCGCUGUUGUGCAAGCGGACCCUUGAGGAUCACAGUGCGCUGGGCCACGUCCUUGUGAAGCCUUUUGACCAUAUUCACCAGCUCCGCCGCCAGUGAGGGAACUCCGAGCAAGACUAUCUGGCCGAGGCGGUCCGGAUAGUGGGCCUUGACGAGUGAGAAAAGCAACACGCAUGUGCGAGGGUUGCAGUCGGCAAGGCCGAAACCUGCGAAAUCCAUGAUCACCACCACCUGCCCCGGUCCGCUGCCGGCCUGGAAGAGCCGCUCGAGCUCCAGGAACAUGUGCCUCACCCCCAUGUCGCCGCUCUUGUUGGCAACCUGCCCGCGCAGGUGUACAUGACGUCCCGGCCGGCCACGUCGGUGCCGACCCGGAAGGCGCAGUGCUGCCUGGGGUCCGUCGCGCAGCAGGGGCACAGCGAGCUGCGCGGCCGGGUGCCGUCCGCCCGCCUCGCGAGGGCCAGGUCUGCCCCCUCGAAGUAGGCCGCCCGCCACGCCAGGGUGCCCCCGAGCAUCGCGGCGGCCCUCUCGGGGUCGUUGCCGCAGGUGGCCAGGUAGCGCACCUAGGUCUCGUCCGAACAGAACCACGCCGCGUCCUCGACCGCCUGGGCCGGGAGCCCGGCCGCCAGGUCCGCUGCGCGCUGCCGCAGCGCUGGCAGCGCCGCCCGGGCGGCCCCACGCAGCCCGUCCUCGAGCUCCAUCAGCGCCCUGUCCUCCUCGAGCAUCGCGCUGCUCGAGCACAAGCUCACGCCCUCGUCGCGCAGCCGGGACCCGCCGACGGAGGUGGAGGCCUCGUCGGUGGCCCCCGCGGCGCCCAGCAGGCCCGAGGUCGCGAGGUCCUUGUCCUCCAGGGCCGAGCCGCCCGCGCGCGCGGCCGCCGCGCCGUCCCGAGGCACGCGCGGGCGCUGCGGCGGCGGCGCGGCCUCCUCGAGCUGCGCGGCGGCACCGGGCUCGGGGCCGACCUGCUCGACCGAGGACCCCCCCGGGGCGCCGGCCGCGCAGCAGCCGAGCAGCAUGAUGUGGCCUGCGAAGCCGCUGGCCGCAGCAGCCGGCGGGGCGGUGGCGCUGCCCGCGCGAGCCCGCGCGGCGGCCCUCGGGACUGCUUGGGCCAACAUGUGGGUUCGGGCU